AUGGAUGACCUGGACGGCACAGCAUCAAAUGAUAUCCCCGAGUCGAGCCAUGACCAGCUUCUUUUCGACGCUCUCCCUGCCCUCCCCAGCUCGCCGCCGGAAGGUAUCUUCCAGGAUGGCCAACUCGAACCGGUCCACUGCCUCGCACCGGCUUUUGACACCGGUCAGAGCAAUGCCAUCGAGCAACUUGUUGCAUUAAAGGCUACGCUGCGGGAUGCCGACAGCGAAACGUUCUGGACCCGUCUGAUGGAAGGGCUAACCGCCAUAUGCCAUGCUCAGUGUGCAUUUGUGGCAAUCGAUAAUCACACUAGUGAAGAAGACACCGACGUUGAGAUGCUGUCUCUGGACGAGCGUAGCUCGUCCUUGCUUGGUGUGGUCGUCCAUUACAACAACGGCAAAGGGCUUCAGGCCACCCAUAGAGAUUACAAAUAUCUGGCGUGGGAGUUUCCAUGCACCGCAAUGAAUCAUGACAAGGUCUGCCUGGUGCCGGAAGGGUUAGCUUCUAUCCUAGGCAAAGAUGCCGAUCGACUGCCCUUUCCUGUCGAAGCAUAUCUGGCGGUCCCCAUAUCCUCGCCUGGCAAAUGUUCCGCUCAUGUUGGGCUGUUAUGGACAACAGAGGGGCUGGAAAGUCUGGACAUAUCGUGGCCCUACCUGGAAAUGAUCCUACGUUCUCUAGAAGAUUUGAUCCUUCAGCGUAUCACUUUUGGCGACAAUAACAAAAAAUCGUCCCAAGUCCGAAGGUGGGAGGAACUUGAUAAAAGGCUGCAGGGAAAGCCGUCGAAAACGACUAUGAAUCAGAAUGCCUUUAUGGUCGCCCCAGCCUUUAAGCCGUAUGCUAGGAGCUUAUCGCAUGAACUGCGAACUCCCAUGCAAGGCGUUGUUGGUAUGCUGGAUAUCAUGCACGCGACUGUUCAAGAGAGAAUUGAAAAUGCGCUAGAGUCUCAUCUGCUUUCGGUGUUUACCGAAUUUCGGGACAAUAUCGAAGCAGUUCAAGAUAGCGCUAGACGAGCCAUCGAGGCAGCUGAUAACAUUGUUCAUGCAUAUAACCUGAAUAUGCAAGUCCCAGAUACUCCCCAAAAUCCUGCGGAUGAAGAAAUGCAAAGCGCCUCUUUCCGCUCUAGCAAUGAAACUCUUGACAACCGUCCGAAUAUAUUUAUCGACGGCAGCAACAUCAUGGUCAAUCCCUACAAACGCAGAAGAAGCACCCCGAUGGACUGGCAAUCCUCGUCAUCCCCGAAGCACCGAUGCACCACAUCGGUUCGCAGGGGAAUCUCCCCCCGCACUGCAGAAUUGAAAGCUGCUAUUGAGGAGGGUGAUAAAAUCGUACGCUCUACUUCACACGGGGAAGUGGGAGACUCCGUCUUUGAUGUACCCCAUCAAUCAUUGGGUGGUCGCGAAACCUCGUCAUCUCGCCCUCCUCGCACGGUGUUCCCUCCGAUGGUCUUGCAUGACACCAAGAUUCGAGCACUACUUCGUUUCGUGAUCAAUGAGUCGCUUCAAGUAGGCGGUCGUCCGGACUCAGCUAGUGCUGAGUCCACCGAAUAUGGAGAAAGAAUCGAAGUACGGACAUCGGGUCGCAAUGGCCAAAUCUCUACGAAAUACAUAGACUGGUGGGUAGACCCUUCGGUUCCAGAGAGCCUAUGUGUCGAUGAAAAGGACCUUACGAAACUCGUCUCUUGCGUGUUCUUGAAUGCCCUUAAGUUCACCGAGGAUGGAGAAAUAACCGUUACCGCUACUGUUGGCGGAAAACCUUCGUGCGUUUUGAUCAAUGUUCAGGAUACAGGCACGGGGAUACCCGAUGACUUUCUGCCAAAACUAUUUAAGCCAUGGGCGCGGGAAGAUGGUUCCACCACGCGAAGUAAAGAAGGCCUUGGAUUAGGCUUGAUGGUCGCGAAGGGGUUGUCACGAAAGCUUUCUGGGGAUCUGAUAUGUGUCCGUUCGUCGACGAAGGAGCCAAAUCGCGGGUCGGAGUUUCAGAUUAGACUCCCCUUGUCCCCAAAUGAUAGUGUUAGCCGGCCGCCAACGCCUUACACGAGCAGUUCUACUCCCAAGACCGAUGGUACUCAUAGCACCCCUGUUGAUCAACCCAAGACGAUAACGAAUGGGGAAGCUUCGUCACCUCUACCGUCACCUAUUCUGUCGGAUGCAAGGGAACCGAUGCGGCGAAACGGAGCUGAACCCGGUCAGAUAACAGCGUCUCGCGGUCUGUCCGGCAAUCCUAAACCCAUACCGCUUACGGCACCAACUUUUGACAAAUUCUUGGCAAAGAAGCAUCCUUUGACAUUUCUUGUUGCCGAGGACAACAAAAUCAAUCGUCGAAUACUGGUUAACAUGCUGGCAAAACUCGGCUACCACGACGUUUAUGAAGCGUUUGAUGGAAAAGAGGCAGUACGUAUCAUGAGUGAGGUUUUAUCAAGUCAUUCUUCCCCUAGUCCCGUGGCCACAACCCCAACUUCUUCAACCCGUUCUAGGAGUAACUCAGACAUUACUCUCGACACAGCGCCGCUGAGCCUACCCGAAAGCACUAAUACGCUCCCUGGCGAUUCCCUGAACCCAACCCAAACGCAAACUCCGCCCGAUUCCGACCCUGAAUCUGACAAAACUCCGCCUUCCACCAAACAACACAAACUAAUUGAUCUUGUCCUCAUGGAUCUCUGGAUGCCUGACAUGGACGGCUAUGAAGCGACGGAAAAGAUCUUUGCGCUUGUCGAGGAGCAUCGCGAACGCAUUGCCAAAGCCGGUGCCAGCACAGACGGUAAUCUAGAGGGGCUAAGGCCCGCUUCUCACACGUCCCCGACUGUAUUCGCAGUCAGUGCGGACGUGACAGACGAAGCUCUGGAGCGGGUUACGAGGGUUGGUAUGGCUGGUUACAUGACAAAACCCUACAAGUUGAAGGAUUUGGAAAAGUUGAUCGGGGUGUUUUGCUCUCAAAGGGAAAAAUAUAACAUCACUUAA